GAACAAAAUAAAGUUAAGUAAAUUGCAAAAUAUAUUAAAAAUCUUAUCAAUUUAAUUAAAAAUGGCAAAUGAUACUCCUGAAAGUGAUUUUUCUAUUGAAUGCUUUCAAAACUACUCAGCCCCAGAAGUUUUUGUACAAGGAUUGGCCGGCAUUGUCAACCAAAAUGAUGUUGAAGUUAUCAUAAGAGCUCAAAAAACUAUGCUACAGAGAUUCGAGAAAACUACAGAAAUGUUGACCAACUGCAAUCAACUAUCUGCUAGUCGUCUCCGAGCAGCCACAACAGAGUUCAAAAAACACACUCAACUGCUACUUGACAUGAAAAAGGAUUUGGAAUACAUAUUUAAAAAGAUCAGAGCCAUUAAAACAAAACUGAGCACACAAUAUCCUGAGGCAUACAAAUCAGCAAUAGCAGCAGCAUCCAGCGAGAGGAAGCCACUUGAUGAGGAAGAAGAGGAAUUUAAGACUUCAGACACCACAAACGAGUCCAAAAUGGUCGCCACAGUCUCCACAGAAACCCUCAAACCUUCAACAAGUAUUGAAGAUAAAAAGUCUAAGAAAAAGCUACAGAAAAUUGAAAAUAUAGAAAAUAAUAACAUGGAGGCCGCAGUCAUUGACAAUGUAAAGAAAAUGAAAAAUGACAGCUCCACAGAAACCGAAAGUGCAAGCUCUGGUGAUGAGACCAGCACCGACACCGGUUAAACUGUUCUAAAAUAACUUGACAAGAUGUCAAUUAUUUUUUGAGUUUCACUUUAAUGAUAAAACUAUUGUUCUAGCUGCAAGUGCUUAGAGUGUAAUAUUACUUACAGUAUAAUUCCGGUAUUUAUCUUACUUCUUAUUGUUAAAAUUAAUCAAUGCAUAGCAUGCAUUGAUUUUUAACCGCUUCCCAAAUGUAUUAGAUAACAUUUUUGCAUUUUGAGUCGCUGGUGACUGGUGGUGGUGUCAUAACACCAUAAGUCAUAAAAUAGGCUGAAC